UUUUUUUUCUUUCUGUUUUGUAUUCGUCUGAGUGUUUUAUCUUCUUCUUCUUCUUCCUCGACGAAGCAGUGAAAGGAUUCGGAUUCUCUGUCAAUUUUUCGAGAAGAGAAGAGAAGUUAUCAACAGUAUUGGGAUAAGAUAGAUAGAUGAGUUCAUCUCUACCUAUGAGGCUCCUCGUGCCUCUCACACUUCCCUUGAUUCCUCCUCCUCCUUCUUCUUCGGAUUCUCUAGCGCUCAGAUCGAAAAACCCUAACUUUAGUCUCCGAUCCUGUGGCAGCUAUUGCUCUUCUUCCCUGUGGCAGCUAUUCCCCCGGAGAUCCAGAUCCUCUUCUCCUUGUGUUCCCAUGUGCACGAAAGAUCAAGGCAGGACAGAUAUUUUGAGAAAUGAAGAUGAUCCUAUUACAUGUGGGCUUGAAUCUGAUGAAGAUUCCGGAGGCCUCCGGAUUCCUACUCAGGCUCAGGCCAUCGUUGAAGGAUCCGGUUCAGUUGCUGUCUCUGAGCUCAAGCCUUCCCCUGAUGUUGAUUACAUUCAAGAGCUACUGGCGAUACAGCAGCAAGGGCCUAGAACCAUUGGCUUUUUUGGGACUAGGAACAUGGGUUUCAUGCACCAAGAACUCAUCGAGAUUCUUAGCUACGCCAUGGUUAUUACUAAAAACCAUAUAUAUACUUCAGGUGCAUCUGGAACUAAUGCAGCUGUUAUCAGAGGUGCACUUAGAGCAGAGAGGCCAGAGCUUCUUACAGUAAUCUUACCUCAAAGUUUGAAAAAACAACCUCCUGAGAGCCAAGAACUCUUGUCGAAGGUGCAAAACGUGGUAGAAAAGCCACACAAUGACCAUUUGCCAUUACUAGAAGCCAGCAGGCUGUGUAAUAUGGACAUCAUAUCACAAGUACAGCAAGUGAUCUGCUUCGCGUUUCAUGACAGUAGGCUGCUCAUGGAGACAUGCCAAGAAGCUAAAAAUCUCCGCAAGAUCGUCACUCUCUUCUACCUCGAUUGAUUCCCACUCUCUUCUCCUGUGAACACAAGAGGAUGGAUACAAGUCUCUUUGUAAAUUGUGAAUCUUUUCCCAUCCCAAAACAUAUUUAUUGUUCCUUUGUCUAAAUUUUUGAAAACCAAUCGUUGUGAUUUAUAGGAUUGAUUUUCAGCUA